AUGCCGCGAGUUGCGUCAAAAAGGGCAUAUAACAUUGCCAAGCCAAUCAGCACAGGUCUUGAACUUUCCGAUCAACGGUCAAAUGUGUGGAUCGUAGGGGAGGCCAUUGGUCAGGGUGGCUUCGGACGACUAUACUCCGCCUCUUCUAAACAACAUCCACAAGCGAAGAACUUUGUCAUCAAGAUUGAGCCUCAGGAAAACGGCCCUCUUUUUACCGAAACACAUUUCUAUACUCGAGUUUGUAAACAGGAUCUGUUAGACGAGUGGAAGCAGAGACGUGGUCUAUCCUUCUUGGGAAUCCCACGUUUUGUUGCGAAGGGUCUUUUUCGGGCCUCGGAUGGGCAAUCCUGUCGUUUCCUCGUCAUGGAUCGUUUUCGUGGUUCCCUUGAGAACUGCCUAGCGCAGCAUGAGUUCACGCCGGCCGACAUUCCUCGGAUUGCUAUCCAGACGGUUCAAGCACUAGAAUACAUCCACUCGAGAGACUAUGUCCACACCGACAUCAAGGCCUCGAAUCUUCUUCGUGGUGCAAAAGACGAGUUUUACCUCGCUGACUUCGGUCUGGUCACUCAGUACAAGGUGGGAGGGAAGCACAAGGCAGAGAAGGUCUCUCAUAAGCUCAAGGACAACGGAACUCUUGAAUUCUGCUCGCGAGACGCACACGCCGGUCUACCGCCUUCCCGCAGAGGUGAUCUCGAGAUCCUCGUUUUCAAUGUCGUUCACUGGCUUUACCGGUCGCGACCAAAUGCUCCGCAGGGGCCCUGUUCCGGCCUUCCGUGGGAGUCGUUUAUCGCAGAUCCCUCGGUGCGUGCGAACGUCCCUCCUGCAGUUCGAGACCUCGUUGUGAAGUCCAAGCAGGAAGCAAUGGCGAAUCCCUCGUCUCUGGCUAAAGCAGCAAAUGUUGGCGCCCAACCCGCUCUUGAAUCUUUAAUAAGCACGGUAGGUUCUUUGGAUUAUACGGAAGAACCCGACUAUGACCAUAUUGUCGCUUUGCUGACGUCUCUGGCGAAGAAUCUUGCUCGUGGCCAACGACCGAAGCACGUCCUCUCCGAAGUCAACCAGGACACUGACAAGGCCCUCCCCAAGAGUAAACGCACACCAAAUACAAAAAAGGUCACGCCUAAACCCGAGACGACAGUCAAAAAGAGUUCCAGGGCUCGUGGAAAUACGACCGUCGAAGUCUGUGGGACGUCACAUCCAACCAAAACCAAUGCGCACCAAGCAGUGGAUCGAGUUGGCACCGCUGGACUUCGGCGGAAACUUGACCUUAAAGAGCUAGUGUCGCCAAGCCGUCGAAGCCCUCGAGUCAAGGCGCCCGUGUCCUAUCUUGACGCUUUUGAGCCCAGCGACGAAGAAGACAUUCCGAUUGUGAAGAAAACUAAAAGCACCCGCGUGACUACGAAGGCAUCGCAGACAUCUCCGGAUUUAUUGGAAAUCGCCAAGAAACGCGCUAUGAGGGAAGAGAGGAGAAAAAAUUUCUUUUAG